GCGAUCCUCAAAGAGGCAAGUAAUUGCGCCGCGCCCUUCAGUUACAACAACUGUGCGCAAACUCAAAGAGCAGGAGACACAAAGUCCCCAUUCUCCUUUUACAACUGGAAGUCAUUGAGGAUAGAAAGGAAUAUAUCUAUACAGUAAUUCGCAAAGCUUACCAACUAGAGGAGGACUCUUCGACCAGCAAUUGCCAUCCGCACCUUCCUCAGAAUGCCCGUCAAACUACGCCCCGCUACUCCCGCAGACGGCCCGGCCCUCGCGUCUAUCUACCUCUCCGCCUUCCACGACAACCCGGUGGCCUUAACGAGCUUCCCAGCAACGUCUGAAGUCCGCGAAUUCCUUGCCAAAUCUUUUGCGGAAGAGAUGAGCGAACACCGAUUCCAAUGGCUCAUCAUCACUGACCCAGACUAUGAGGAUCCCGACCUACCCAUCGCCUGCGCAAAGUGGGUUCGCCCAGCAGGACCCAACGACACAAACAUUGAGCCGCCGCCUCCUGUGGAUGUCUGGCCAAAGGAGGGUAAUCCAGAAUUCGCGAGUCACUUCUUUGGCUCCAUUGGUCGGAAGCACGCUGAGAUCAUGGGCGAGGUCAGACACUGGUACCUGGAGCUUCUCAUUUGUCGGACAGAACAUCAGGGGAAGGGCGCAGCCAGCCCGCUCCUCAGAUGGGGCGUCGAGAAGGCCGAUAAGGAAGGAAGGAUGGCUUUCUUGGAGUCUAUGCCUCUGGCGAAAGGUAUUUACGAAAAGUAUGGGUUUCAAUCAUUAUGCCGCCUAGAGUUUACAACACCCAGCUCUGGCGAAGUGACACAAGACUUCAUGCUUCGAAAAGGCAAGGCAACGGAAGACUAUGAGUUGUUGUUGAAGAACUUCAACGCGUCAUCAUGACGGCUUGGCUCAGCGAAUGGACUUAAUGAGUCUAGCUAUCACAUAUCGACACAAAUCAAGCAUUUGGGUAAACGGCCAGCGGACAUCAUUAGAGGGCUAAAGCACAAUGGAU